AUGGCUGCGCCCCCAAAAAAAUCUCUACAGUCCCUUUCCGGCAAAUGGCAACUAAACAAAGCCUGCUCCGAUGACUUUGCCUCAGUCCUCGCACUGCAAGGCGUCAACGUCCUAGUCCGCAAGACAGCCACCGCAGCAUCCAUCCAUCUGAACAUAAGCCAGCCCGACAACCAAUACAUCAAGAUGGCGCAGUCAAUCACAAGCGGAAAAAUCCCCGGUACGACCGAAGAGUACACGUUGGACUACGAGUGGCGUACCAAUAAGGACGGUUUCUUUGGUGAGGUAGCCGGAAGGAGUCAAUGGGUCAGUGUUGAAGAGGGGAGGCAGACGGGCGUAGUUGAUGAGGGCGAGGGUGACUGGAUCGAAGGAGAUAGCGACGGGAAAUUGAUCCACGCAGAAGGAAAAAAAGAGGGCGAGUGGGAGGCUAGUCAUCUUUGGGGUUUCGAGGUUGUUGAUGGAGAGAGGAGACAUACGAGACGCGUGAAGAUCAGCAACAACAAAGGCGAGGAACUGAGGGUGAGAAUGGUGUAUGACUUUGUGGGCGAAUAG